AUGGCGGUCUCGCGCAUCGUCUUCCAAGCAAUCCUCGCCUUGGGCAUUUUUUCCCUAGCUAGCUUUGUCCUAGCCGAGGAUAUUUCCAUCACCAAGGCUGAGACCUUUCCGACCAUCACCUCCGACGCUGGCCUUUCCGUCCGUGAUGGCACAAUCCCUUCUCACGACUGCGAAGAUAUUCUCAAGCGCGGCAUCACCCCUCAGAUUGACUGCUCCUUCUCCGAAGAGAACUGUGGCUUUCAGGACGACAUUGAGUACAUCAUCCGCAUCAAGCCCAUCGGCAAGACUAGCACUUCCUGGUGUGGCAUGAUGCGAGCGCAGGUUGCUAAGGAGACCAAGUCCUACGUCGAACAGAUUCGGAUGGAGAAGUGUGACCGCACGUACGAGGCCAACGAGAAUGGCAGUGGCAUGUGGCUUGUCCUCAAUUUUCCACACAUCCACUUCCUCGGCGACCGCCGCCAAGACGUCGAGCGAGCCAUCAGAAACACCAUGUGCCCUGGUGGUCCGAAGCUGGACUAUUGGGUCAAUGAGCAGUGCUACCGUUCCAGCAUCUGCAGCAAGCGCGUCUGGAGUGAGGAUAAGCGCCGUAGCGUACCUGCGGCCUUCAAGCAGGUCUCACGCCCCAAGGGCCGCGAUGUCUCCGAGACCAGCCAUAAUAUCAAGAAGCCUACCACUCUCGCCGCUGCCACUGUUGUCGCCAAUCUUUAG